CCUUCAGUUGCACCUCUGCUUCGCUAGUCUACCCUCGGUACUCAAGCAGUUUACCUCCAUCACACCUCGUCCCACAUCCAAGGCAUGAGCGACAUCUCCAGAGAAGACGAGGAGCGUCACUCCGAUUCAUCCUUUGACGAGGCUGACGAUCAGGACUGGGCCGAUUGGGUUGACGAUGAAGAUGUCGAUGCCCAGCGAGCUUCCAGCGCAGGUGGUAGUAAGACCAGCACCGGCAACAUCACCUACGACCCUCUUUCCUCCAACUCUGCUCCCUCUUCUUCUGCGACUACUGGACAGGGGUCGUUCAGAGUUCCUACGAGGGCGCUGUUCGCUGAUGCAAAGGGACAGUAUGAGAUCUUUGAUUCACCCGUGCUUGCAUUGAGAAGGGCUAAAGAGCAGGAGGGGUGCGAUGUUGUCGCUGUGGUCAAGAAGCUUGGUUUGGACGCUCUGCAGGUAAUCCGUCUAGUCAAUCACAUCAGGAGGAACAAUCUGCCUCCAGCAGCCGUCAGUGGAUUGACUGGUGCAGAGCCUUUCCUCAAUGAUGAUUCUGAGCUCGCUCCUGUUGCAGGUCUGGAAGACGAUGGACUUCUACAGCUCGAUUUUGACGAGCUAGAAGUACAGGGAGAAGCAGGGCAGCAGGCCUCGUCUAAGGACGCUUCUUCUACUGGCAAUCUGCAUCGCGUACAGGAGCUCGAGGAGGAGUUGGCAGCUAUGCGUCUUGCCUUUGAGGAUCUGCGAAAGCAAUACAGCUCGCGCAUUGGACUUGACUUGGAUGCGGCCGCCGAGGGUAGCACCAAGGGCAAGUCAAGAGCAAGUGAGACGAGCCCCAUUGCCGGUAGCAGCCGGACUCACAACUCCUUUGAGUCUCCUUCUACCUCUGGCACGGGCGCGACUGGAAAGAGGGACGACGAUACCCACUACUUCAACUCGUACGCCUCCAACGAUAUUCACCAGACGAUGCUGGAGGAUUCGGUCCGGACGUUGACCUAUGCCAAAUUCCUCCUCUCACCACGCAACGCCGCCUUUAUCCGGGGCAAGACGGUCAUGGACGUAGGGUGUGGAUCUGGAAUUCUUUCCCUCUUCUGUGCUAGAGCUGGAGCUAAAGAAGUGCUGGCCAUUGACGCCUCGGAUGUGGCGGAUCGGGCGAGGGGAAACAUUGAGGCUAAUGGCUGGGGUCAUGUCGUCAAGGUUAAGAAGGGCAAGCUGGAAGAUUUGGGAGAGGAGCUGAAGCCUUACGAGGGGAAAGUGGACUUGAUCGUAUCAGAGUGGAUGGGUUACUUCCUUCUCUAUGAGAGCAUGCUCCCCUCUGUCUUGGUCGCACGAGACUGCUACCUGAACCCUUCCACUGGUCUUCUCGCCCCUUCUCACUGCCGUAUGCUGCUAGCAGCCGUCUCAGACGCCGCCUUUCUACAUCAACGGAUCAAGUUCUGGGAUGACGUGCACGGCUUCGCCAUGCCUGCCAUGUCCAAAGGUCUCGAGGUAGACGCCUACACCGAGGGUCUCUCCAAGGACAAGCUAGUCAGCUCCGUCGCGAGCGUCUUUGAUCUACCACUGCAGACGAUGCAAGCUAAGCAGCCCUCCUUUGUUGCCCCUUUUACUCUCGAGGUGACUCAAGAAACGACUGUCCACGGCUUCUUGAAUUGGUUCGACACAUGGUUCGUACCUCUCCCACACCCUGCCCUGCCUAGCAGCGAAAAGGAGCCGGGAGAGAAGAGAAAGGAGCUCAAAGGUGGUGAGGUCAUUUCCGGUCUGCCCCCCGUCACCACACGACCAGUGACCGAGGCAGAUGUAGAGGGAAUUGCCCUCAAGGGUCGUGAGGAGCAGCGGCUCCCUACUUCCGAAGAGGAGCGCGCAGGUGGUGAAACCGUCUCCUUCACUACUGGUCCCGAGGGCAAGGAGACGCACUGGAAACAGACGGUCCUCCUCCUUAAAGAGCCACUGCAGGUCACUGCCGGAACGCUCAUCACUGGUACCAUGCACGUGGUUCCUUCGACGGUCAAUUCUAGAGAGCUGGACGCGGAGAUUCACUGGGUUGUGAGGAGCAAGGAGGAGCAUGAGGCCAGAUUGAGGGGAGAGAUCAAGAAGGUCGAGACGAUGACUGUACAGGUUUGGGCUGUGAGAUAGAUGAGUAGGCGAGCACACCGGCGAGGCAUACCAUGUUAGAGGUCGGGUUGAGAAGAUCAUUUCAUUGCAAUGUAAAGAUCACUUGCUUUGCACACUGGGUCACAAAGGAAUCCCUCUCAUAUCUCUAGCUACAACUUCACUUUCUACCGCAGCCCGUAGGCAAUAUGAAACGUCGACAGUGACGCCUUCUAGAGCUCCUCGUGCUUGAGCGUCUCCUCUUCGGUCGCCGCGACUGACUUUUUGCCCUCGCCAGCAGAGCUACUCUUGCUACCACUAGCGCUCGCAGCAUUGCUGCUGGCAGAGCUGGAGCUAGGCCUCGUCUUGGGUAUCCUCCUCUUCUUGAGCUUAGUAACCUUAUCUAGCAACUUCCUCGCCCUCUUCUCUG